AUGCCAGCAGUUCCCUCCCCGAUCGAGCUGCUAGAAAACACCCUUGUGCACCGCAGCACCAAUCUACCGUCCCACAAUGCGACGGACCAGGUUUUAGAAGUGGUUUGCGCCUGGCCAGUUUCUGGGCAAUAUGGACCCGGAACCAGAGUGCUCUACUAUGCUUUGAUGGCAGCCUGUGUUUUUGCUCGCAAAGCGGAGUGGAUCCGCAGUGCUUGCCUCGCUGCUGCAUUACUCUUUCCUGCUGUGGCAGCUCUCCAUGGAAUUGUCCUAGCGGCUCUUCAUCAAAGCGGAGCCGUCGAUAUGGAUGUUUAUGGAGCCUUUCAACUAUGCACAAUCGGAAUCCUCACCGCACCAGUCACGGUGAGGCUCUCUCGAACUUAUUUCAACAACCCCGGUCGGGAGAUAAUCUUUCUCUGGACGGGCCUUCUUCUCGCUGGGCUUCUCAGUUUGACCGUGGAGUUCAUUCGCCUCGAUGCUACGCCCUGCCCAUCCGAUGACCCAGCCACAAUCGAGUGGGCCGCAACAGCGACAUUUUCAUACAAUAGCACCUGCGGCAUGGUUUGCGGAGCAGGGGCUCCGUCUUCACCGUUACGGAAGAGCGCGGCCGACAACAUCUACGUGAUUCCGGUCCCCCGAGUACUCACCUUUAACACGGCUACACUCAUCGCAGCAGCAUGCUGCAUCCCUGCUAUUCUGUCAGUGGCAUCGACAUGGAUGAAAAUCCUUGAGAAGAAUUGGGAGAAGAUAUCUCACAAGGAUCGUCCGAAUGAGAAGCCUGAGGAACAACCCAUUGAAGGCACAAACGGAGCUACUCCCAAGCAGAUGAGUGGGAUUGCCAAUAGAAUACGAGGCUGGUUAACGCUAAUCGAGAUUCCGGUGUUUGUUGCGGCAGUCAUGGCAAUUUUGAUCAGGGGCGAGAUGAACUUCUUUAGUAAGCCCGUGUAUUAUCAGACUGAACCUAUAGCCAGUAUUGGCCAAUGGGCACCAAUUGUCGGUACAGGACUUGCCGUGAUCGGAUCGUUGUAUCUUCUUCUCGCAGCCGAUAUGGAAGCCGAAGAAAACGAAGAGAACGAACCAGAAAUGCAAACAGACAACCAUCUAAAUAGAGGCCCGGUCAGGCAAUGUGAAAGAUGUGCUACAUGCGCCUAUCCCACCUUGGAUGGAGACCAAAACACCAUCCCAGAUUCACGACGCAGCUCCCAGAGUGACGGCGAGCAACCCUCCUCCACGGAAAUCGCGAAAGCGGCUACCGAACCUUCUGUCUCCUCCGCCAUGCGGCGCGCUACCACAAAUCAAUCCGAAAAAUCCAUCGAUCCAGGCGGAAGGCGACAAGUGGCUCGGCUUCUGAAUUUGGCGAGUAAGCAGCUUGCUGCGAAAGCGCACACUCAUAUGGAAGAUUCCGGAUUCAAUGCUCAGGAAAGAGCAAAUUUUCCAGAAAUUCCUGGAGAGUCGUUUCGAAAUGGCAAACUGUCUGAUUUCCAGAAGGCUUACAGCAAUACUCCCUUACCUCGAUCCAGAGCCGCCAGCUUCAGUCAUAGCAUCAACUCCGACUCUUCCAAUGGCGAAGGUAGUUCACGGAUACUUCAGGGCCCAUUGCAGCAUUUGUCGUUGCCAGUUCCACCCCCCGCACGCACAACCGGUCUCCGGCCCCACGCAAAUACCCUACCAUCAAGAAGAAGUUCAUUUGAAUCGACAGUCACGCCCGGUAUCGGAAUUUCAUAUAGAAACGAACCUAAAGGGCCAGAUAGUCCAGUUUUACCACCACCAUCCGAACAACAGCUUGCGAGAAAUGCAUCAAAUGCAUCUCAAGUCAGUCCGCGUACAUCUACCUCCGGCGCUCAAGAUGCAGCCCCUCAGAUAGUUAUUUCGUCAUGUAAAGGAGAGCAAAGCGAUUUGGGCUGA